CUAUUCAGUAUAUUAUUAUUGAGUGCAAGAAAACCUAAAAAUUAACAAUUUGGAUUUCUUAUUAGAAAAAAAGGAAUAUUAAGUUCAUAUUUAUUAUGAUACAAGUGACAAAAUUGGUCCUCCAUUUGUUUUAUUAAUCAUAUACUUAUUAUUGUCCCGAGUGUUCACUUAACCAUUAUCACUGAAUAAUAAUAAUAAUAAUAACGUUUAUUCACUUGUAAAAUUAAAAAAAAUACAUUUUUGUAACAUCAUAGAUUGAAUAAACUCAAACUAUCGAAGAGUGUUGAACACUUGUUUCGAGAUAAGUAAAAUAAGACAAAAAAGAAAUACACAAAUGAAAGGUAGGCAACAUUAAGCAAUUGUAUAUACAUCCAAAAUCAACAACAAUGGAAAAGUCCACGCACACAAUGCAAAGCUAUGACAUAAAUGCACAAAAGAUCUAAAAAUUGCACACAAACACAACAUCAACUCCGAAGUUCAACCAGAUCGGCAAAUACUCCCCGACGCUGGGUCAUGAUGAAUGAUCUCAACCUGUUUCUGAAUCUCGAUAAUCCAGUGAUGUGCUGAAUCUCUUGAGGUAUAAAAUUGUAUAACCUUGGGGCAGUAUAAGAAAACGAUCGCUGUCCAACACAUUUUUGCACCCUCGGUAGAAUGAAAAACUUUCUUCCUCGGGUCUAAUAGGAAUGUACGGGCAACGAAGAACUCUUCUCGCCGCAAUGGUAUUUCAUGGUGAUACUGAAGUAGUACAACUGUCGAAUAUCAAAAACCUGUGCUUCCAAAAACAAACUAUCCGAUGGGUAUCUAGGAUCUUUACCAAGAAUCGUCUUCAAAAAUCGUUUCUGCAAGAUUUCAAGUUUGAGGAUAUGAGUCUUCAAAGCAUUCCCCCAACAAACUAUACCAUAACGCAGAUGACUCUCGACCAGAGCAUGAUACAGGAUCUUCAACUGAUGAACAUCCACCAUCACACCCAGGUACUUCACUUUUUCUUCGGGCAGUAUUGUACAGUGCAUCCCAUUUUGGGUGAGACAGCCAGGUUUCUCGCUUGUUAUUUAAGAUAGAGCCUUGAGGUUUUCGCGUUCCUAUCCUACUUUUUCGUGAAACUCAAAAUGGUCU